AGAGAGAGUUUGUGUGUUGUUCAGUGAGGGCAGGUCCUGUCACAGCCUGCAGAGUUCCUAGCCAUUGCUGCCUUUCUUACAAAGGUGGUGACAACCUUCCUGCUGUUGGUGCUCGCCCCUGCUCUAGCCUUUAUCACUUCAGGUUAGGGUUUUCAGUUUCUUCCAGAACAGAAACCUUUCCCCAAACACGACCCCUUUCUAAGUGUUCUCCAGGUGUAGAGUGCCUGGGAACAGAUGCAUUGCUGAGCAUUUGAGUAAUGAGUGAAUUUUUCAAGCCAUCUGCAGCUUCUAUGGUCCUUUCCUAGCAGUGAGACUGAUAGGCCCAGGCUCUUCCUCUUGCUUUCCCCUUGGCCUGGCUGGCUGAGCCCUGGUUCAGGUUAAAGUCAUAUUUGGAGGGCAGAGGCACUAGAUAAAGGUCCAUUUUCUUUAUCCAGAUAAUAACCUGGGAAGGAUAUAUGUGUGGGGAUAGGAGGCACACCUGAAAUUGGAUUAAGUUUUAUGGGGAGAGGAGGUGGGCUGGCCAAGCUCCUGGGGUUUUUGCUAUACCAGGCUCAUGUUGCACAUGGCAGUAACUGGCUGGCCGGCCAUCUGCCUGUGGUGUUUGGGCUCUAAGUUCCAUGCUCAGGUCCUCAAGGUUGAAGAUCUUUGAAGGCAGGACAGUUUGUAGGGAGGAUGUUUCACCCACUUAAUACCAUUUGCUCUCUCUUUGUCUGAUGUUAUCUUCUCCUGCCUCUAACCUCACCUUUCCCUAGUCCAAUCCAGUGAUUCAUCCAGAAUUCUGAAAUGGCAGCUCCCCAUUGUCCUCAGGAUAGAGUCCAGAUAGCCGUCAGUGGCCUGCAGCACUCUGCCCAUGCCUUUGGCCUUACCUUUGGCUUCUGCUCACUGCGGGUACUUUCUGGUGUCUAGGUCUUUGGAAAUCUGUUCUCUGCCUGGAACCAUCUUCUUUACCUCUUGCCUGCCUCUCCAAUUCCUACUUAGCCCUGUGGAGGCUUUGAAACCAGGGAUUAAGAAGCUUCUCUGGGCUCCUGACACAGCCUAAGCUCUUUGCACAGUGAUCAUAGAUUUGCUUGCCUCCUCUCCACAACCGCUGAAGGGAGACUAAUUUAUCUCUGUGUCCUCGUGUCCAGCACAGGUGUGAGUACAGAGAACACAGGGCAGGAAGUUUUCUGACCUCAGGGGUGAACCAAUCCAAGAUGAACAUCUCACCUGCUCUGGGCAUUCACUGUCCUGAUCCAGGUCCUAGUUGGUCUCUCCCAAGGGCUCCCUGGUAGUUCAGGUAUCAGUCCAUAUAUUAACGCCUCUCUACAAUGCCUUGCACCUUACCCACUUCUCCCAGAGGCUUUUUGUAGGCCCUGUGGGAUGUGCCUGGGCCCUUGCACCUGUACCCAAGCCUCUGAGACAGGGCUGUGGGUUCCUCCGGCAACACGCUUCUAGGGAUGCUAUGUCCUGUGGGAGCUAGGGAAAUCGGUAACCACGACCUCACUCAGCUCUCGGUCUACCCUGCACCUUGGAGGAGACCUAAGUAAACAAGUCAGGUUCAGCAUCCCCGGGCACAGCCUCCACCCCUGGCCCCAGAAGGAGGCGUCUUGGGUCGUCUCAGGGGAAGACAAGUCCACUGGGUUGGGGCAGAGGGCAGAAACGUUUCUUCAGACAAGUGUCACUUCCUCCUCACUGCCACUCAGUUUGCAUAGCAUGAUCCCUCCCGCUUUCACGGCUGUGCAUCGGGGCCCGUGACUGGCGCAAGUUCACGACCGGCUUUCCCGUUCUGUCUGCCCGACUUCCAGCUGGGGACAGAUACUGUCCACUGGGCAUUCCCGAGGCGUCGAAUGCGCCGGCUGUCCUCGAGGGAGCAGCUGCCGGGGUGCUCGUGGGGAUAGACAAAGGCGCAGCCACAGAGGCGCAGGCCCCGCCUAGAAUGGGUGGGUCUGCAGACACGCGGAGCUCAAGGUCUGGACUCGGCGCGCGGUCCAGAUCUCCUCCGGCUCCGCCCCAACCUGGCUAGAGACUCGGUCUGACCUCUGCACUAUUAAGACUCCGCCAGGAGGCCAACAGGAGUGACACUUCAGCCACCAGUCACCGAACCCGUAACCUCAGGGCUCCUGCGCCCCUUCCUCGACGUGCGCUCCUUCCAAUAAGGAAAGGGAUCUUCAAUCCAAUUUGGAUUGGGUCCCUCUCGGUCCCUCCCCGGGCCGUGGGGCCUUGGUUUAAAGAACAGGAGGCGGGAAUAGAAGCAGAACUACGACUUCCAAGAGGUGGCGCGACUACCUAGUUCUCCAUAUUACGUGACUUCCUCCUCCCGGAGGGAGUCACGCGGUAGGGUAGGGGGCGGGGCCAUUGGGCUCUCCCGGAGCACCAGCGGCCUAUGGGUGGCACGGCCCGGUGGGCGCGCGUAGGGGGCAGGGCCGGCCGCUCCGCAGAGCGCGGGAGCGCGCCAGCGGCGGCGGCUGUUGAGGGGCGGGGAAUAUCAGCUAAGGCGGCCGUGGCGGCUUAGGCAGCAGCGACUGGCAGUGGUGGCGGCUUCUGGUGCGGUUCGGCGCGCGGCCAGCUUUAAGUUCGGAACGCAACCCUCGGCCUCGCGGUCUCCGCCCGGAAAGUUUGCCGCGGGGCCGCGAUCUCCUGGUAUGCGCGGCCCGGCAUGAAGCGGCGCUGAGGAGUCGCCGCCGCCGCUGUUUCUGGCGCCGCCGCUGCCUGAGGAGGAGCCGCAGCACCCUGGGCCAAGCCGAUGACUACUGCAAACUGUGGCACCCACGACGAGCUCGACUUCAAACUCGUCUUUGGGGAGGACGGGGCUCCGGCGCCGCCGUCCUCGGGCUCACGGCCUGCAGAUCUUGAGCCAGAUGAUUGUGCAUCCAUUUACAUCUUUAAUGUAGAUCCACCUCCAUCUACUUUAAAUUCACCACUUUGCUUACCCCAUCAUGGACUACCGUCUCACUCUUCUGUUUUGUCACCAUCGUUUCAGUUCCAAGGUCAUAAAAACUACGAAGGAAGUUGUGAGAUUCCUGAAUCUAAAUACAGUCCAUUAGGUGGUCCCAAACCCUUUGAGUGUCCAAGUAUUCAAAUCACAUCCAUCUCUCCUAACUGUCAUCAAGAAAUAGAUGCUCAUGAAGAUGAUGUACACAUAAAUGACCCAGAAAGGGAAUUUUUGGAAAGGCCUUCUAGAGAUCAUCUCUAUCUUCCUCUUGAGCCAUCCUACCGGGAGUCUUCCCUUAGCCCUAGUCCUGCCAGCAGCAUCUCUUCUAGGAGCUGGUUCUCAGAUGCAUCUUCUUGUGAAUCUCUUUCACAUAUUUAUGAUGAUGUGGAUUCAGAGUUGAAUGAAGCUGCUGCCCGAUUUACUCUCGGAUCUCCUCUGACUUCUCCUGGUGGCUCUCCAGGAGGCUGCCCUGGAGAAGAGUCCUGGCAUCAACAGUAUGGACUUGGACACUCCUUAUCACCCAGGCAAUCUCCUUGCCACUCUCCUAGAUCUAGUGUCACUGAUGAGAAUUGGUUGAGCCCCAGGCCAGCCUCAGGACCCUCAUCAAGGCCUACUUCCCCCUGUGGGAAACGGCGGCACUCUAGUGCUGAUGUUUGUUAUGCUGGGUCCCUUUCACCCCAUCACUCACCUGUUCCUUCUCCCAGUCACUCCCCCAGGGGAAGUGUAACAGAAGAUACCUGGCUCAAUGCUUCUCUCCAGGGUGGAUCAGGCCUUGGUCCUGCACUUUUUCCAUUUCAGUACUGUGUAGAGACUGAUAUCCCUCUGAAAACAAGGAAGACUUCCGAAGAUCAAGCUACUGUACUACCAGGAAAAUUAGAACUCUGUUCAGAUGACCAAGGGAGUUUAUCACCAUCCCGAGAGACUUCGAUAGAUGAUGGCCUUGGAUCUCAGUAUCCGUUAAAGAAAGAUUCGUCUGGUGACCAAUAUCUUUCAGUUCCUUCACAUUUUACCUGGAGCAAACCAAAACCUGGCCACACCCCUAUAUUUCGCACAUCUUCAUUACCUCCACUAGACUGGCCUUUACCAACUCAUUUUGGACAGUGUGAACUGAAAAUAGAAGUGCAACCUAAAACUCAUCAUCGAGCCCAUUAUGAAACUGAAGGUAGCCGAGGAGCAGUAAAAGCAUCUACUGGGGGACAUCCUGUUGUGAAGCUCCUGGGCUAUAGUGAAAAGCCGAUAAAUCUACAGAUGUUUAUUGGAACGGCAGAUGAUAGAUAUUUACGACCUCAUGCAUUUUAUCAGGUGCAUCGAAUCACUGGGAAAACAGUUGCUACUGCAAGUCAAGAGAUAAUAAUUGCUAGUACAAAAGUUUUGGAAAUUCCACUUCUUCCUGAAAACAAUAUGUCAGCCAGUAUUGACUGUGCAGGUAUUUUGAAACUCCGCAAUUCAGAUAUAGAACUUCGAAAAGGAGAAACUGAUAUUGGCAGAAAGAAUACUAGAGUACGACUUGUGUUUCGCGUACACAUCCCACAGCCCAAUGGAAAAGUUCUUUCUCUGCAGACAGCUUCAAUACCUGUAGAGUGCUCCCAGCGGUCUGCUCAAGAACUUCCUCAUAUUGAGAAGUAUAGUAUCAACAGUUGUUCUGUAAAUGGAGGUCAUGAAAUGAUUGUGACUGGAUCUAAUUUUCUUCCAGAAUCCAAAAUCAUUUUUCUUGAAAAAGGACAAGAUGGACGACCUCAUUGGGAGGUAGAAGGGAAAAUAAUCAGGGAAAAAUGUCAAGGGGCUCACAUUGUUCUUGAAGUUCCUCCAUAUCAUAACCCAGCAGUUACAGCUGCAGUGCAGGUGCACUUUUAUCUUUGCAAUGGCAAGAGGAAAAAAAGCCAGUCUCAACGUUUUACUUACACACCAGUUCUGAUGAAGCAAGAACACAGAGAGGAGAUUGACUUGUCUUCAGUUCCAUCAUUGUCUGUGCCUCAUCCUGCCCAAACCCAGAGGCCUUCCUCAGAUACAGGACACCCAUGUGGCAGUGUACUGUCAGCACAGAGAAGCUUGGUUUGUCCCAUCCAGCAAACAUAUGCAUCCAUGGUAACCUCAUCCCAUCUGCCACAGUUGCAGUGUAGGGAUGAGAGUGCUGGUAAAGAACAGCAUAUGAUGCCUUCUUCAGUUGUUCACCAGCCUUUUCAAGUCACACCAACACCUACUGCGGGGUCUUCCUAUCAGCCUAUGCAAACUAAUCUGUACAAUGGACCAACUUGUCUUCCUAUUAAUGCUGCCUCUAGUCAAGAAUUUGAUACAGUUUUGUUUCAGCAGGAUGCAGCGCUUCCUAGCUUAAUAAAUAUUAGCUGUCAACCACCAUCCAUACCUUUUCAUUCUUCAAAUUCAGGCUCAACAGGACAUCUCUUAGCCCACACACCUCAUUCAGUGCAGACUCUGCCUCAUCUGCAGUCAAUGGGGUACCACUGUUCAAGCACAGGACAAAGAUCUCUUUCUUCUCCAGUGGCUGACCCAGUCACAGGUCAGCCUUCUUCUCAGUUACAACCCAUUACAUAUGGUCCUUCACAUUCAGGGUCUGCUACAACAGUUUCCCCAGCAGCCUCUCAUCCCUUGGCCAGUUCACCACUUUCUGGGCCACCGUCUCCUCAGCUCCAGCCUAUGCCUUACCAAUCUCCUAGCUCAGGAACUGCCUCAUCACCAUCUCUAGCCACCAGAAUGCAUUCUGGACAGCACUCUACUCAAGCACAAAGUACAGGCCAGGGAGGUCUUUCGGCAACUUCAUCAUUAAUAUGUCACAGUCUGUGUGAUCCAACUUCAUUUCCACCUGAUGAGACAACUGUGAACAUUAAACCUGAACCUGAAGAGCAGGAACCUAACUUUUCAACAGUUGGUCUACAGGACAUCACUUUAGAUGAUGACCAGUUUUUGUCUCACUUGGAACAACAGCCAUCAGGUUCAGCAGAGAAAUGGCCUAAUCACAGUGAGCUCUCAUGUCCAGCUCCUUUCUGGAUAAUCUAGAGGUGAACGAGAUAAUUGGGAGAGACAUGUCCCAGAUUUCCGUUUCCCAAGGAGCAGGGGUGAGCAGACAGCCUCCCGUCCCAGGUCCUGAUUCCCUGGAUUUAGGAAGAUCCGGCAGGCCCUGACACUGCUCACUGCAGCCUCAUGGCCAUCACCAUGUACUUCUCAGCAGGUUUCUCUCCUUGGACCUUGGGUCUCCAACUCGGUGGUCUUCGGGACUGAUGCCAGAAGUUGGGAUCACUGUAUGUGGGGAAAGCAGCGUUCCUCCACCUUAGGCCUUGUGUAGACUUUGUACAAGACCAGGAGCAGCUUAGGCUGUUCGAGCUUUGGGGAAAUGAGCUUUGCCUUUUAUAUUUAAAUAAGAUACUUUUAUAUGAUGGGUGCUUUGAGUGUGAAUGCAGCAGGCUCUCCAUUUCAGAGGUGCUGCUUUUGCAGGUGACCUGGUUGCUUAGCUAGGAUUAGUGAUUUCUACUGCUUUAUGGUCAUUUGAAGGACCCUUUAGCUUUGAUAUUUUUUAAAUAGGAACUUUUGAUAAAAUCUUCCCGAGGUAAAUGUAAAAGAAAAAAAAAUUAUUUGAAGCCCACGUCUAUGCCUCAGAAACUCAGCAUGUGUCCUAAAGCCUUUCAUAGAUUUAUAGGAAAUAAAGCCAAAUGUAGCUCGCUCUUCUUUAUAAAAGUAAACUGUUAGAUGAAAUGAGAAGAGACCAUUCCAAUCAUUGAAGUGUUGGAAUAUGAAACAUUCCAGAGCAUAGCUUUUUUGUAGCUUUCUAGGUACUCUUUCUGCAAUCUUUUCAUACUGACUCCAUGUUGAAACUGUUUUUUUCCCUCAGAGCCUUGAGUAAAAUAGCUACAUGUGACUUGGAAAGGUGGGGUUUUUAGUUUGGUAGCUUUAAUUACCUGCCAUCCUACAAACAAGUAGGCUGUGGAGCAUUCUUUUUCUUUUGUGUCUUCUGGUCCCAGACCUUGUCCAAGUGGGAGCAUCUGCAUUUUGCUGCUUUGUAACUUUGGAAGCCUGUCUCACGAUGGUUUAGGCAACUUUGCUGGUUCUGAUUCGUCUCUAGCAGCCAGGUUGUGUCAGAGACUUAAGCACAAAUGAGCUAUGUUUCAGGACAGGGGCAGAGAAAAUGGCAGGACUCUAGAUGGGAAGCUUUUAUGAUUGACACUGACGUGGAAGGCUUACCUCUCAUUUUGUUUACAGCCUAAAAUGAUUCUGGCCUGCUCUGUCCCAUCUGCAUGGCCUAAAAACCAGCCUUUUCCCAGAAAGGCUUUGAGGCAAAUCCAGAAGUGAGACCCUCCACACCAAAGAUGCCCUGGUGCUGUUGCUGGUGAGGCUGGCACCCAAGGUAGGGGGCCAGCAAGAAAUGCCAGCCUGCUGUCUACCAAAGGAGGCGCCCAAGUUGGGUGCUUUUUUCAAACCCUGCCCCUACCCUUACCCCUUAACGAGAUUAGUUACUUGUUCCAAGGCCUGGGCCAAUUUUAAAGUUCCUGAAGUUUGCAGUAUGUUUUCAAAUGAAGUGAUAUACAGUUGACCCUUGAACAACAUGGAGGUUAGGGGCACUGACCCCAACACACAGAAGUUCAUAUAACUUUUGACUCCUCCAAAACUUUUCUAAUAGCAUACUGUUGACCAGAAGCCUCACUGAUAACAUGUUAUAUUGCUUAUAUUAUAAACAUACACGUUUUGUUUUAUUAUAAAUUGUAUUCUUAUAAAGUAAGCUAGAGAAACUGUUUUUCACAUUGCCACAAAUCCCCCCCAAAACUUUUUCAGUGUAUUUAUUGAAAAAAUCCACAUAUAAGUAGACCUUUGCAGUUCAAACCUGUGUUGCUCAAGGGCCAACUGUACUUUCACUGAUUUAGGAAGCAUGUUUUUCGAGACAGGGCUGGUCAGAGGCUUUAUGCUGUUACUCUAGGGGAUUGUGGGUCCUAGAUGCCAGGACCCUUUCCUGAGGCCGAGCGAAGGACUGGGCAGAGGAACCAGGCUCCUCACCCAUCAGCUCUCAUCAGCCAGUAGGAGCUGCAGACCCAGGAUGAGGAAGUAUGGUCUUUUUUUUUUUUUUCUUAAGCCAUGUUCUAGAUUUCUCCCCUAAAACUAGUUAGAGAAAAAUGUGUAUCCCUGAGCAAGUCACUCUGGUCCCUCUUGGCGCUGGGUGUUUUCAUGUUUUCUUUGAAAGUGCAUUUUGUGUCACUGAGUGUGAAUAGUGGGGUUUGCUCCCAGGCCUGUGGUUGGAAGCCCACAGCUUCCUUUAAAAGGGGUUGUAGGAGGCUGGCCCCUGAGGUGAAGUUACAGACUGCUGGCCAGACCUGCCUCUACCCUCUUGCUCCUGGUGUAGCUGCUUCACAUAGGGUUCUUGCAGGAGUCCCCUUGCAAGACUGUUUGGGGGUUGCUCUGCUGCCCUCAAGAAUAAAAGCCUCUAUGAUCCAGAGUUGCUAUGCACCAAAUUUUGAUGCCUUUUAAAUACCUUGAUGCCUGUAGCACUAGAAAUGCUAUCCUAUUUAAAAUAAAAGUUAAAUUUUAAAAGCUUUGUAUACUAUGUAAGCAGUUUUGUAAAAGCUUUGGUGUAAGAGUCAGUAUUUUUUGGCUUUGUAGAUAGAGACUUAAGUUUUUGUGCAACACAGUGGUGUUAAAAGCACACAUCCAUUGGACUAUGCAAAUGGACUUCCAGUAGCAACACUGAGUAACUGGGUAUGUGCUAGUACCCCUCUUCCCCCUCCAACCCGUGCUAGAUCUUUGGUUGAAGAAUGGGAUGAACAGCCUUCUGCUUACUGGAGAUGCACAGAAAAACAUGGCUGAGAACAGCUUUAAGAGGAACAGAUGUUUUGGGUUCAUGUGUGGUGCCCCCACCCAGGGGGGCUAGCCACUGUCACAAGGCUCCGUUGGGCCUGGCUAUGAAGCCGUUUUUGAUACUCAGAACAGAUGGAUCAUCUUUAAGGCUCAGAUGGGCUCAAGUUGAAACCCUGUAUUUUAUAAAAUGGAUGAUGUUUAGUUAAGAACUGUGCUCAGUUAUGUUUAUGGCACUUGGGAUUGAUUGUAUUUUCUUGUACAUUUUGUAUUUUAAAACAUUUUAUAGGAGUACAGUACUCCUUACACAAAUACAAAGGGAAGAGCCAACAAUUCAGGCUCCUUGGUUACAGUGCUGAAAUAAUAAACGGUGACAGGUCAACAGUC